UAAAUGGGUGUAGUUCGCACUCCAGAUAAGUGGGUGGCGGUAACAAACAUUUUGCUGUUUUUACAAGACCGGUAAACUAAACCAAAGAAGACGACGACGACGACGACGACGACUUUCUUUCAGUGUUACUGUUUUUGUCAGUUGUGUUGGCGAGAAUGGCGGUGACUUUGCACACAGAUCUCGGAGAUGUAAAAAUUGAGCUUUUCUGCGAAAAGACACCAAAGACAUGUGAGAAUUUCAUCGCCUUGUGUGCCAGUGGGUUCUACAAUGGCUGCAUUUUUCACCGGAAUAUUAAAGGCUUCAUGGUACAAACAGGAGACCCCACAGGUACAGGGAAAGGAGGGACAAGUAUCUGGGGCCGAAAAUUUGAGGAUGAAUUCAAUGAACAUCUUAAGGAUUGCGACUGGUUGGAACGAAAACCAGCAUACACAGGGGGCCUCAGGACCGAGUUUGGGAACCCCUGCAUUAUGCAUAAUGUUCGAGGUGUGGUUUCCAUGGCAAACAAUGGCCCCAACACCAAUGCUUCCCAAUUUUUCUUCACUUACGGCAAGCAGCCCCAUCUUGACAUGAAAUACACUGUUUUUGGAAAAAUUAUAGAUGGAUUGGAGACACUUGACGAACUGGAGAAACUUCCUAUUAACGAGAAGACGUUUCGGCCUUUGAAUGAUGUUCACAUAAAGGACGUGACCCUCCAUGCCAACCCAUUUGCUGGCUAGACUAGAAGAAAUAUUUCUGCGAGGAAGGCCCAGCAUUGGGAGUGAAGAAAUGGCACAAUAUAAUGCAAAAAUGAAUCAUUUUUGUAAAAAUGCAUAUUUUAAUAAAAGAUUAAAAUUA